CCCAAUCGAUAGGAGUCGAAUAUUGGGCAACGAGUGGAUAGUGCUGGAUCCAUCGACUUAGCCGCUAGUUAGUCGCUCGCGACAGGUGCGAUUGCAAAGAUGUUCUUGUCGGGUUAUUGGUUGCAGGUGGUGCUCUCCUGGGCGGUGGUGGCCUUUGCCACUGCCACCGUGGUUGUGGCGGUGCAGAAGGCUAAGCUGGAGAAGGACCUCCAAGAUGUCCAGAACAAGAUCGAUAUUUACGAGGAGUGGAAUGGUGAAAGUACCCACCGAAUGAAGCGUGAAGACACGGCUUAUUACCGUCUGCCCACGGCUAUGGUGCCCACCCAUUACAAUCUCUACUGGCAUCCUGAUCUGGAAACGGGCAGCUUCACCGGUCAGCUGAGGAUCACCAUCAAUGUGGUGGAGGCCACCAACCAGAUUGUUCUGCACUCCUACCUCCUGGACAUUACCAAUGUCUAUGUUCUCAACAGGGAGGUGGAUAAGUUCGAACUUGAGGAGGAGCGUCAGUUUCUGAUCAUCACGCUGACGGAGGAGCUGCCGAAGGAUGCCAGAAUUACCCUGGGAAUCCUAUUCGGUGGACAGAUGAAGGACAAACUGGUUGGCCUGUACAGCAGUACCUACCUAAAUGAGGCGGGAGAUACUAGGACCAUUUCCACCACUAAAUUCGAGCCCACCUAUGCCCGUCAGGCCUUCCCCUGUUUUGAUGAGCCAGCAUUGAAGGCAACCUUUGAAAUCACUGUGGUUCAUCCCUCUGGUUCUUACCACGCUGUUUCCAAUAUGCAGCAAACGGAAUCCAACUACUUGGGCGACUUCACCGAGGCCAUCUUCGAAACCAGCGUGUCGAUGAGCACCUACCUGGUGUGCAUCAUUGUGUCCGACUUUUCCUCCUAUUCCACCACAGUCAGGGCCAACGGCAUUGGCGAGGACUUCUCCAUGCAGGCCUAUGCCACUUCCCAUCAGAUCGACAAGGUUGAGUUCGCUCUGGAGUUCGGAGCAGCCGUCACGGAGUACUACAUUCAGUACUACAAGGUGCCCUACCCACUGACCAAACUGGACAUGGCCGCCAUCCCUGAUUUCGCCUCGGGAGCCAUGGAGCACUGGGGACUGGUCACCUACAGGGAGACUGCUCUCCUGUACGAUACCAGCUACAGUUCCACGGCAAAUAAACAAUCGAUAGCCGGGACCUUGGCCCAUGAGAUUGCCCAUCAGUGGUUCGGAAAUCUGGUCACCAUGAAGUGGUGGAACGAUCUGUGGCUCAACGAGGGAUUCGCCCGCUUUAUGCAGUACAAGGGAGUCGACGCUGUCCACCCGGACUGGGGAAUGAUAGAGCAAUUCCAAAUUGUGGCCCUGCAACCCGUUUUGGUAUACGACGCCAAGCUAUCCUCCCACCCAAUUGUCCAGAAGGUGGAAUCCCCCGAUGAGAUCACCGCCCUUUUUGAUACCAUCAGCUACGAGAAAGGUGGCUCCGUAAUCCGCAUGUUGGAAACCCUAGUGGGUUCCGAAAAGUUUGAGGAGGCAGUGACCAAUUACUUGGUUAAGCACCAGUUUAAUAACACGGUAACUGAUGAUUUCCUCACCGAAGUGGAGGCAGUGGUAACCGAUGUGGAAAUCAAGAAAUUGAUGCUCACCUGGACGGAGCAAAUGGGUUAUCCGGUAUUGAAUGUUUCAAAGGAGGCCGAUGGUAGUUUCCAGGUCACUCAGCAGCGAUUCCUCUCAAAUCCCGCCAGUUAUGAUGAGGCUCCCUCUGACAGUGAAUACGGCUAUAGGUGGAGUGUUCCCAUCACCUAUAUCACAGAUGACGGUACAGAGGGCAGUUUGAUCUACGACUACGAUGUGGAAACCGUUCCCAUUUUCGUAGCCAGCACUGUACAGUGGAUCAAAUUGAAUGUCAAUCAGACGGGCUAUUAUCGUGUGAACUACGAGGAGAGCCUGUGGACCCUUCUCAUCCAGCAGCUGAUCAGCAAUCCCGAUAGCUUCGAAAUCGCUGAUCGUGCCCACCUCCUGAACGAUGCCUUUGCCCUGGCCGAUGCCAGUCAGCUCUCCUACAGGAUUCCCCUGGAGAUGACCGCCUAUUUGGGCCAGGAGCGCGACUUUGUACCCUGGUAUGUGGCUGCCACUAAGCUCAGGUCUCUCCACCGCAGCCUUAUGUUCAGUGAGGGCUAUGUGACGUACCUCAACUAUGCGAGGAGUCUGAUUGCUGGAGUCUACGAGGAGGUGGGAUGGACUGUGGAUGCCGACAACCAUCUGAAAAACCGCUUGAGGGUUUCCAUUUUGACCACCGCCUGCGCUCUGGGAGUGCCAGACUGUUUGGAGCAGGCUGCCCAGCGCUUUAACGCCUUCCUGCUGAACCCCACCAGCAGACCUUCCCCCGAUCUUCGCGAGAUCGUCUACUACUACGGAAUGCAGCAAUCCACCAGCCAGUCGACCUGGGAACAGUUGUUCCAACUGUUCGUGGCCGAAACCGAUGCCAGCGAGAAGUUGAAACUGAUGUACGGAUUGACUGGUGUUCUGAACAGCCAGACACUCUUCAAUUUCCUGGUUCUGGCUGGCGAUGAGAACAUUGUCCGCUCCCAGGAUUACUUCACCUGUGUGCAGUACAUAGCUGCCAAUCCCGUGGGUGAAUCCGUGGUCUGGGAAUUCUUCCGUGAACAGUGGCUCCAGCUCAUCGCUCGUUUUGGCCUGAACAACCGCAACUUGGGCCGUCUUAUCUCCCAGAUUACGGCCAACUUUGCAAGCUCCGUGAAACUGGAGGAGGUGCAGCAGUUCUUCGUCAAGUAUCCCGAAUCUGGUGCUGGAGCAAACUCGCGUUUGGAGGCCGUGGAGACCAUCAAAUACAACAUCGAGUGGCUGGCCAGGAACCACGCUGACAUCACCGACUGGCUAAGUGGAACGGCCUCGGCGCUGACCAAGAAAACCCAAUUGUAAACUCUAUGUAUAUAAAAUGUAUAUAAAAACAAGCCAAUUAACCACUAAUUAGAAUUGCAUAAGAAACCAGCGAAAUUUCCGUUCGAGUUCAAUAAAAUGAAAUUCCAAAAUCAAACCAUAAA